UCACCGAUCAGUCCACCUCCUGCUUUGCUAGCAGCAUUCCGUUCGGGUGGUGCUUUCGACCGGUUGGAUUCCAACAUGUCUACAGCCAGUCGCGACAGCAUUCAAAGUGGCGAUUCCGAAUUCCUUUCCAUUAUCCAAAAGCAACAGGACGAAGAUGACCGACUGCAUAUGCGACUGAACCGCAUUAUAUCCAAUCGACCCAACUACUUCAUUUCCAAGGAGUAUAUCCUGACCCAGAAAAUACUGGGACGUGGUGAGUUCGGAUAUGUUUAUCAGGGCUUGUUGAGACCGUGUCAGCUGGAACCCGGCACGGACCAACUCAUCCCGGGAGGACAAGAACCGUCCGAGUUUAGGUCAAUUGCCAUCAAACAGCUAGUCGAGAGCCAGGGUAAACGAAAUCGGGUGGAUUUCCUGCGAGAGGCUAGCGUUAUGAUCGGUAUCUGCAAGGGACCACCGCUGAUGAUUUUCGAGGAGUUGGUACCGCAGGGUUCGUUGUUGGACUACAUCAUUGCCAACAAGAAUACGAUUAGUCCGAAGCAUGAAUUGAUCAUCUGGGCUGCGCAGAUUGCAUGUGGAAUGCAAUAUCUCGAACAGCACCACUUUGUUCAUCGGGAUAUGGCAGCUCGAAAUAUUUUGCUAGCGUCUCGCUACCAAGCCAAGAUAUCCGAUUUCGGCCUGUCGCGGGCUAUUGGUGCCGGGAACGAUUACUAUCAUGCUAGCCAGGGCGGAAAGUGGCCCAUCAAAUGGUCUGCACCGGAAAGUUUCAAUUUUGGAACCUUUUCCCACGCUAGCGGUGUUUGGUCCUUCGGGGUUGCGCUAUGGGAAAUGUAUUCACUCGGUGCCCCACCGUACCACGACAUGAAAGGAGUGGACGUGAUCAAACUGAUUGAGAACGGUCAACGGCUCUCUCAACGUCUCAACCGGACAUAUGCCCGGAUAAGGUGUUCGACAUCAUGGAAAACUGCUGGAACUACAAUCCGAAGAGCAGGCCGACAUUUGAAUUUCUGA